AUGGCAGCAGAACCCAACAAUUCAGAAUUAGCUCAAUGCACCAGCAACUCAUCUUCAUCAUCUGGGUUGUUGCAAACUCAUUCCACUUCACCCUCAAACUCACUCAAGAGCAAGACCAAAACACACAAAGCUUCCUCACAGCAUCAGCAGCAACACCAAGUAGCACUCAAAAGAAAGAGAGACGAUGAUAGCAACAGCAGCAGCAGCAGCAAACACCCAGUUUACCGAGGAGUUCGAAUGCGCAGUUGGGGCAAAUGGGUGUCAGAAAUUCGCGAACCUCGCAAGAAGUCACGCAUCUGGCUCGGCACAUUUUCAACUCCAGAGAUGGCGGCCCGUGCGCAUGACGUGGCUGCCCUCAGCAUUAAGGGCAACUCGGCCAUUCUGAAUUUCCCAGAACUGGCCGAGUUGUUGCCCCGACCGGCGUCCCUUAAGCCUCAGGACGUUCAGGCUGCUGCGACUAAAGCGGCAGCCAUGGUUCAUUUAACUUCCACGUCAUCAUCCUCAUCAUCCUCCUCCUCCUCCUCGUCUUCGUCAUUAUUGGUGUCACAGUCAGAGGGUCCAGAAUCAGAGGAGCUAGGGGAGAUUGUGGAGUUACCCAACAUAGAGGGCAGUUUCGACUCGCCCGAGUCGAGGAACGAGUUCAUAUUGGUGAAUGACUCGGAGGAUGGGUGGGCGUAUCCAUCAAUGGAGCUUGAGGGGGUUGAAUUUAAUUUGUGGGGUUUUUUCUCAUCGGAUAUUGGCAGCUGA